UUCCUCGACUGCCGUCCUCACGCCGCUCUUUGUCACGGCCGCUUCUCCACCGCACCGCUGGCUCUGGAACAUAUUAGCGGCGACUUGUUCGCUUGCUGCCCCGACGAAGUCUCUUUGGCGGCCGCCACGAUGUCUUUCCAGUACCCGAGCGCGUACCGCGACGAGUCGGUGGUGGAUGACUACCACGGGGAGAAAGUUCCAGACCCUUACAGCUGGCUGGAGGACCCGGACAGCGAGAAGACGCAGGCUUUUGUGAACGCCCAGAACCUGCUGACCCUGCCCUUCCUGGAGGGCUGCCCGAUCCGGGACACCUUCAAGGAGCGCAUGACGGAGCUCUACGACUACCCCAAAUACAGCUGCCCCUUCAAGAGAGGGAGUCGGUAUUUCCACUUCUACAACACGGGCCUACAGAACCAGAGCGUGAUGUAUGUGCAGCAGAGCCUGGAGGCAGAACCCACUGUGUUUUUGGACCCCAACACCUUCUCGGAGGAUGGCACCGUAGCUCUGAGGGGUUAUGCGUUCUCUGAGGACGGGGAGUACUUUGCUUACGGGAUCAGCGCCAGCGGCUCGGACUGGGUGGAGAUCCGCUUCCUGCGUGUGGAAGGGGCUAUGCCUCUGGAGGACAGGCUGGAGCGUGUCAAGUUCAGCUGCAUGUCCUGGACCCAUGACGGGAAGGGCCUGUUCUACAAUUCCUACCCUACCCAAGAGGGAAAGAGUGAUGGCACUGAGACGUCCACAAACCUGCACCAGAAGCUGUACUACCAUGUCCUGGGGACCCCUCAGGCUCAGGACAUCCUUUGUGCUGAGUUUCUAGAUCACCCCAAGUGGAUGAGUGGUGCUGAGGUGUCAGAUGACGGCCGUUACGUGCUGCUAUCCAUCCACGAGGGGUGUGACCCAGUGAACCGGCUCUGGUACUGCGAUCUCCAGGAUGUUCCCCAGGGGAUCACAGGUUUGUUGCCAUGGGUGAGGCUCAUCGACAACUUUGACGCGGAGUACGAGUAUGUGACGAACGAGGGGACCGUGUUCACAUUCAAGACCAACCUGAACGCCCCUCGGUACCGUCUGAUCGACAUCGACUUUGCCAACCCAGACAUGGCCAGCUGGAAGGAGCUGAUUCCUCAGCAUGAUAAAGAUGUUGUCGUGUUCGCCACCUGCGCCUACUCCACCUGCUUGUUCGUCUGCUUCCUGCACGAUGUCAAGAACGUGCUGAAGAUGUACCAGCUUGGAACGGGCCAGGAACUCCGCACGUUCCACCUGGACGUGGGCUCCGUGGUGGGCUUCACAGGGCGCAAGCGCGACACAGAGAUCUUCUACUACUUCACCUCCUUCCUGUCGCCAGCCAUCAUCUAUCACUGCGACCUCACCAAGGAGCCGCUGGAGCCGCGAGUCUUCCGGGAGGUCACGGUUAAGGGCUUUGACCCCACUGAGUACCAGACCACGCAGGUGUUCUACCCCAGCGCUGAUGGCACGCAGAUCCCCAUGUUCAUCGUUCAUAAGAAGGGCAUCAAACUAGAUGGCUCACACCCGGCAUUCCUGUAUGGAUAUGGAGGAUUCAAUAUCUCCAUCACUCCCAGUUACAGUGUUUCACGGCUCAUCUUUGUGAGGCAUCUCGGGGGAGUUUUAGCCGUGGCAAACAUCCGGGGAGGAGGAGAGUACGGAGAGACCUGGCACAAAGCUGGAAUGCUGGCCAACAAGCAGAACUGUUUCACAGACUUCCAGUGCGCAGCUGAGUUUCUGAUUAAGGAGGGCUAUACGUCCCCUUCCAAGCUCACCAUCAAUGGGGCCUCCAAUGGGGGUCUCCUUGUGGCGGCAUGCGUCAACCAGCGACCAGAUCUGUUCGGUUGUGCUGUUGCCCAAGUGGGCGUCAUGGACAUGCUCAAGUUUCAUAAGUUCACCAUUGGACACGCCUGGACCAGUGACUUUGGCUGCGCUGAGGUGAAGGAGCAGUACGACUGGCUGAUCAAAUAUUCUCCCCUCCACAACAUCAAUGUCCCUGAGACAGAAGGGGUCCAAUACCCUGCAGUCCUGCUGCUGACAGGUGACCACGACGACCGUGUCGUGCCACUGCACUCGCUCAAGUACAUUGCCACACUGCAGCACGUGGUCGGGCGCUCGCCCAAGCAGACCAACCCGCUCUUCAUAUAUGUGGACACCAAGUCUGGCCACGGGGCGGGGAAGCCCACCAGCAAGGUUAUCCAGGAGGUGGCUGACACAUAUGCCUUCAUUGCUCGUUGCUUGAAUCUGUCCUGGGUCAAAUAAGAGUGGUGGACACGGGUCAUGUGUCCCUCCCUCCCUCCCUCCCUCCCUCCCUUUUCCAUUCUAUCUCUGUGUCUCUCACACCAGUUUCCCUUCAGUCACAUUCUCUUGCUCACCCUCUGACCUUCUCCCCACCCUCUCUGCCACUAUUCACGGUGUUUCACCCACACCACAGUACAAAAAAAGAGCAGCUCAGCUGCUGAUCUGAUCUGUACCCCAGGCUUCUUUCCCAGCUUCCUCACACAGCACGGAGAUCUCUCCCAGGACGUCUGUGGAGUAACGACCCAUGCGGGUCUCUUUCAGAGUCCUUUAUUCCCUCUCCAAAUCACCAUUAAUCAGUUGUCAGUGUACAAUGGGGCAUCCUUGGCCAUUUUCUUUUUUGAUCAGUAGUUCUGUUUUUAGAGGUUUGAAGAAUAAGCGCGGAAGGACCUGCAGUCUGACAGAUGCACGACGGUUGGGCACCGGAAGCCCUGUUUUGUUGAGACCGCCAUGAGGCAGACCUGCUCUAUAAGCUGCCCUGUGGCCCCUGAGGGCUCCACAGGUGGCACUUGGCUAAGACCAGCGGGUUUGGUGGUUUUGUCAUCAGGUUGUGCGUUUCAUUUCAACUCCACGAUCUUACCAAGAGACCACGGUGCCUUGGCAACGUCAGGAGUACAAGACCUUUCUGUUAACUGGACACGGUUACAGACGAGUUACAGGCUGUUCCCGUUGUAAACGCUGUAUCGCGGACAGCCCCCUGGGUCACACCUCAGCGACAGUAUUCACAGCAGAGAGCACUGACCGCACAAACCACGGUUCUUGAUUGUUCAACUCAGUUUAGGUCUCCUUGUAGGUUUAUGUUUGCAAGUGUCUAGAUAGGCGUGUGCAUGCAGAAGUGUCACGUGUGUGUGUGUGCGUGUGCGUGUGUGUUAGAGACGAGGGAACUAGACGUGUACCCCGGAAGGAGAAAAGACAACUUAGACACGUGCUCUCAUUACUGGCUCUGUCAUGUGUAUGUGGGUGUGUGCGAGAGGAUGAGGAUUUUUGGAUUCUUUAUAUCUCGCCAUACUGGGUUUUGAUGUUAAGUUUCUACCUCUGGAUAUAAUCUUUUCACAAAGGGAAAAUCUGCAGAGUAAUAAAAAAAGCAACAUUUCAACAAAUAAGUCUUGUGCAGAUCUUUUUUCAUCAGGUGACGUGAAAGAUGUUUUAAGAAAAUGCAAGUGUUAAAAAUGUAGAUGUAGAAAGACGGUGUAAAAUGAAGUCAUUUUUGUAUUUACAAUAGAUAUCAAAAAUGCACACACUUACUGAAUUUAAGCUUUCGGUGACAUGAUUGGCCUAGAUUUUGUCAUGUUUCUAUCUUUGAUAAGAUGAUGUAACCAACAAUAUGUAAGGGAAAAC